AUGGGAAUUUGGGUCUUGACAAUUCUGACUCUCCUAGAUUCCACGGCAGCUCAAAUUAUUAAGCCAUACUGGGGCCUGGAAAAUGAAGCCUUAAUUGUGCCAUGUCCUUACACCCCCAAAUCCCUGUUAAUCUCUGUGGAUUGGUAUUAUGCAAAUAAAAGCAUAAUCAUUCAGAAGCGAGAUCGGGUGUUUGCCUCAGGAAAGUUUCUGAAGUUUCUACCAACAAAAAUUGAUGAUUCUGGAAUUUAUACUUGCAUCUACACAAGUGCCACCUAUAAUUUUACAAGAAUUGUGAAUCUCACAAUAGCUAAACAACAACCAGAUUGCAAAAUUCCUGAUUAUUUGAUGUACUCAACAGUAUCCGGAAAUGAAAAGUUUACCAGAAUAUAUUGCCCUACAACUGAGCUCUACAAUUGGACAGAACCACUUGAAUGGUUUAAGGACUGUAAAGCUCUUCAAGAGCCAAAAUACGACAUAUCAGAGUCAGCAUUGAUAAUUCAAGAGGCCACUAGUGAUGAUUCAGGCGAUUAUACCUGUAAACUUACACACAAUGAAAAUGGAGUCAAUUAUACUGUGACAGCAACCAGAACACUGCAAGUGGAAAGUAAGCUAAACUUUCUUAUGAAUCCAGUUGUUAAAGCUCCUUUACACAAUGACACAGUGGAGGUAGAAAUAGGAAAAACAGCAAAUAUCACUUGCUUGGGCUGUGUUGGAGAAAACCCUGGGUUCAUAGACCCAGUCAAUUGGCGAGUUAAUAAAACGAAAGUUAGUGACUUGGAUGAAGCAAGAUUUCAUGAGGAGAAAGUGGAAAGUGAAAGUUCUACAGAUGGAUUGAAUUGUCUGAAAAGAAUUUUAAGAAUAAAGGAUGUGAAGGAAACGGAUUUAUCCCAGGAGUAUAGUUGCCUGGCCUAUAAUUUACGUGCUGUGGCAAUACACACCAUCAGGCUGAGGAGAAAAAAUCCAAUUGAUUACCAAAGCACCCAUUACACAGUAGCUGGAUUUAGUGUAUUGUUAAUGCUAGUUGGUAUCUUGGCAAUGCUGCUGAAAAUAUUCUGGAUUGACUUUAUUCUGCUGUGGAGAGAUGUGAUUGGACCUUACAAAACUGGGAAUGAUGGAAAGAUCUAUGAUGCUUAUGUUAUUUAUCCACGGAACUACAAAAAGAGUCCUGAAGGGACCAGUUCUGUGGAGUACUUUGUUCACCAGAUUCUGCCUGAUGUUCUUGAAAACAAAUGUGGAUAUAACUUGUGCAUUUAUGGGCGAGACAUGGUACCCGGAGAAGACGCAGCCACUGCAGUGGAGACCAACAUACAGAAGAGCAGGCGGCACAUUUUCAUCCUGACUCCUCAGAUAGUGCACAGCCAGGAGUUUGCCUAUGAGCAGGAGGUCGCCUUGCACUGCGCUCUCAUUCAGAACAACUCAAAGGUGAUUCUUAUUGAGAUGCAGGCUCUGUGCGAACAAGAUGGUCUGCAGUGUGAGGAGUUUCAAGAGUCUCUCAAGCAUCUUAUGAGGGUGCAGGGUACCAUCAAGUGGAAGGAAGACCACAUGAUGGACAAAUGGUCACUGAAAUCCAAAUUCUGGAAGCAUGUGCGGUACCAGAUGCCUGUGCCCAACAAACUUCCUAAAAAGACUUUAAACUUGGUUUCCUUGAAUAUCCAAGGACAAUAA